AUGACCCGAUACUAUCAUGAUAAAAUUUCUUUAAUGAAGAGGUGUGGGCUCGAUGGGGAGAACGCUAUGUCGUGCCUCAUCCGUGGAUUGCCGGUUGAACUGCGUGCGAACGCCAAAGCAUGCGGCUACAAGAAUCCCGAAAAACUAUAUUACGGGUUCCUUUCGUCACUCGAAAACUACGGGGCUGUAAAAAACAGACGAUCCUCCGACCAGAAACUGAUCAAGUCAACUUGGCAACGGGGCUCUGCGACAGGGAACCCUGCUCCGAAGCUGUGCUACAACUGUCAACGAACGGGGCACGAAGCCCGGGAUUGCCGCGCUGCAUCCGCCACACGCUGCCAAGUCUGCCAGCGCACGGGACACACCGCUAACACCUGCUGGUAUGCGGCCGGGGGGAGCUCGCGGGACAUGCCGGCGGCGCCACCGCAAAGAAAUCAACAGGUACGGCAGGUUUAUCAUGUUACCACAGAAAUUAUUUCAGACUUAUACCGUAAACAAAUUUAUAUUAAAGGUUUUGAAGCAAUCGGCUAUAUUGAUACUGGCAGUAAGGUUAAUAUAAUCACGAUGCGAGCUAUCGAAAAAUCGCAAUCAUGUGUAAUACCCUCAAAUGUUGUAAUGAGAGGCUUUGGAGGGUUACUUGUAAACUCUCUAGGCAAAGCUUCUAUAGAUAUAGUUAUAGAUAAUAUAAAUUUACAAACGUGUGCCGAGAUAAUGAAUGCAAACCUCAACGAUAUAGAUUUGUUAAUUUGUUAA